CCCAUCUUUCAAAUUUCGAGGUGUAGAUACAAAGUAGAGACGCUUUCAAGUUCUGUGAACUUUCAGAAAAAUUUCAAUAUCAAUGGCGUCCUUAAGCAACUUACUUAAGAAGAGAUCUAGCAUUAAUGAUGUAAUUAAAGCUAGCAAUAGAUUUUUCUCAAGUGAGCCUUUAGCUGAUAAUUCUUCAACAUCAUCAUCAUCAUUUGCUCAAAGGUUAAGAGAUCUACCAAAGCACCUUCCAGGCACCAACAUCAAAACUGAAGUUUCUCAACUCAUUGGGAAAACACCAUUGGUUUAUCUUAACAAAGUGAGUGAAGGACAUGGUGCUUAUAUUGCUGUUAAACAAGAGAUGAUGCAGCCUACUUCUAGCAUCAAGGACCGACCGGCAUUCACUAUGAUCAAUGAUGCAGAAAAGAAAGGAUUAAUCACACCUGGAAAAACAACACUAAUCGAGCCAACAUCGGGUAAUAUGGGAAUAAGCAUGGCGUUUAUGGCGGCCAUGAAGGGCUACAAAAUGGUUUUGACAAUGCCCUCCUACACAAGCAUGGAGAGGAGGGUGGUUAUGAGAGCAUUUGGAGCUGAUUUAAUCGUAACUGAUCCAACUAAAGGAAUGGGAGGAACAGUUAAGAAGGCUUAUGACCUUUUGGAAUCUACACCUAAUGCUUUUAUGCUUCAACAAUUCUCCAAUCCUGCCAAUACUCAAGCUCAUUUUGAGACUACUGGGCCUGAAAUUUGGGAAGACACUCAAGGUAAUGUUGACAUCUUUGUCAUGGGAAUAGGAAGUGGAGGCACUGUCUCUGGUGUUGGACAGUAUCUGAAAUCCAAAAAUCCUAAUGUCAAGAUAUAUGGAGUUGAGCCAACUGAAAGCAAUGUAUUGAAUGGUGGAAAACCAGGUCCUCAUCAAAUAACUGGUAAUGGGGUUGGAUUCAAGCCAGAUAUCCUUGACAUGGAUGUAAUGGAAGAAGUUCUUAUGGUUUCAAGUGAAGAAUCAGUAAACAUGGCUAGGGAGUUGGCAUUGAAGGAAGGGCUUAUGGUGGGGAUAUCAUCAGGAGCUAAUACAGUAGCCGCGCUGAGACUCGCCAACAGACCAGAAAACAGGGGAAAACUCAUAGUGACAAUACAUCCAAGUUUUGGAGAGAGGUACUUGUCAUCUGUCCUAUAUGAAGAGCUCAGGAAAGAGGCAGAAAACAUGCAACCUGUUUCAGUUGAUUAAUGUUCUAUUCUUGUAAUAAUUGUAGUCAAAUUGGUACAAGAAAAAAUAUAUGUACUACCUGGAAACAUUUUCCGAAAUAAUGUUUUUGC